AUGCGGUGUAACCAGUGGAAACCGGAGAUAAGGAUGCAUUUUGUCCAAGUACUUUGGGCUCUGUGGGCUCUAGUGACUGCUCAAGAGUCUGUUCCUUGUGUAUCGAGAUCUCAUAUAGAGAGACCUCAUAAACCCAAUGCUUUCAAUCGCGGAAAUGUCUAUACCUUCAGCGACUCCCAUACUUUAAUGUUUUAUUUCGAGCGUAGCUUGCAGAUAACAUUUGAUAGUGGUAGGAAUUGGCAAACUGUAGAUGUGUUUGGGGAGGAUAUUUCAUGGGUCGAUAUUGAUGAGUUUUAUAAAGAGAGAGCGUUCGUAACGACUACGUCUGGUGAGAUUCAUAUGACGGAAGAUCAGGGAAGAAGUUGGAAGCAACUUUCUUUACCACAGGAAAUCGAAGAUGAGAAGGAUUGUGUCCUUGACACACAUCCUUUCAAUACGAAUCUUCUAUUGCUACAUUGCAUAAUUAUACCCGGUAAUUUCGAGCUGGAACAUAGUCCAGAGACAAUCCCAGAUUCAUCCUCUUUUAUGGAAGAUAUCGCUUACGCUUCUGCUGAUGCUGGGAAAAGCUUUAGACGUAUUUCGGCGCCAUUUGAAGAAUAUGAAGCUACCCAAGACCUAGAAUACCGUGGUACUACCUGCCAAUUUGCCACUUUAUCAAAAGAGUCUAUUUUUGAUAAGGAUGGAAUUUAUUGCAUGCACCAGUUGGAAAGCAGGACGGAAAUUCAGAAACAGUCUUCACAUCCAUAUGGUAUGAACAUUGGAAAGAAAAGUUUUAGAGAGACACAGCCCUCAGUUCCAAAAACAUACACUAUGGGUACCCUGUUUUACACAACGGAUUUGGGUCAAAGUACAAAACUGUUUGAUGAAUUGGAAGGCUUCUCGGUUAAAGACGUGUCUAUCCUUCCCUUCCAUGUUUUGGUAACUACAUCAGAGGCCAAUGAAGUUGACGGUGCUGCAAACAGACUUUGGGUUUCUACAGGUGGGCCUUUCAAACCUGCAUGCCUACCUAAGCGGGUGGCCUAUUUACCACAAAGGGUCAGAAAGCCACUGGAGCUUGAUCCUGAGAGUAUAUUAUUACGUGCUAUUCUGGAAGAAGAUGAGGGUCACGGAAAAUUCGAGCAUUUGCUACUGUCCGAUUCUUCCGGUCUCAACUUUUCUCUCAUCGAUUCCAUAGCACAAGAACAUGCUCAGCAUGUGAUGAUAAAAAAGCUGGAUAACCUCGAGGGAGCAGUAUGGGGUGAAUUCAUUUUUAGAGAGGUUCAUAAUCGGAUCACGGAAUUGGACAUGGAUGAAACAAAACUUGAUAAGAAGGUCAAUUGGUUUCAAAGAAUUAUUGAAUUUAUAAAGAAGCACAUCCUCCACAGGGUGCCCUAUAUGUUUUUUAGGACUAAAGGAAGCUUUGACAAUGGGAACAUGUAUGAUAUGUUUUCUAAGACUAAAGGAAGCUUUGACAAUGGGAAAACAUGGACCAAUUUGAAGGUUGUGGAUCCAUCUGGAACACAUAAGCACAUUUUCCAAUGUGAUAUCGAUGAUGUAGAGAACUGUUCUUUCCAGGAAGUUUUUUCUCCUUACUUCGAUGCACCUAUAAAUGAACCGACAGCUGGUAUACUCAUGGAAACCGGUGUUGUUGGAAAACAUGCCCUAAGGUUAGGUGAAGAAGAUAAUAUGACUUUUAUUUCACGAGAUGGUGGUUCUUCUUGGGAGGUGGUUUUUGAAUUUCCCGUGUCUGCAGCAUUUUUGGAUUUUGGGAACAUUAUCGUCGCUGUACCGGAGUCUUCUUGUCUAAAAGAUUCGUCAGUGGAGAAGUUCUUUUACUCCUUGGAUCAGGGCAAUAAUUGGAGAGAAUAUUACCUCGAUGAACUUACACAUGCGUCUAAUAUCGUACUUGAUGGCUGGGGUUUAAAUGUUGUAAUAGGCCUUGGAAAUGGAAAGAAGCAGCCAACUGAAUAUACAUUUUACACAGUAGACUUUUCGGAAGUGCUCGGGGGAAGUGCCUGUACUGAUAACGAUUGGGAAAAAUGGUAUUUGUCUGAUGGCAAGUGUUUUAAUGGUGUCAAGUACAGCUUUAACAGAAGGAAAGCGGAUGCUCAAUGUUUGAUGAGGAAAACAUUUGAAGAGCUAACACUAAAUGAGGAGAGUUGUGAGCCUAGAGACAUCAAAAGUAGUAUUUAG